AUGAGAGAAAUAGAAAAAAUUCAAAAAGAAAUAGGGAAAACAGAUAACGAUUCAAAAAAACUUAAACUUCAAGCAAAAAUGAAAGAAGACAAAAGAAAAUUUGCUGAAGAAAUAAAUGUCAUGCUAGGGAUUAAAAUUGGUCUUAACCCUGAAGUUAAUGCACAAAAUUUUUCAUCUGAAGCAGUAAUAGAAACAGAAAUAAAUGAAAGAACAAAUAAUGAAGAAGAAGAAUUAAUUGGGGAGCAAAUUUUAUUAGAAAAUGAAUCAAAAAUUAAAAAUUUUCUUCUCAUUGGUGGAACCGGUAAUGGAAAAUCUACUUUAGCUAAUGUGAUAACAGGCACUAAUAAUUUCAAAGAAAGCAAAAAAUCUGUUAGCAAAACGAGAAAUAUCCAAAGUGAAAUGUUUGAGGAAAAUGAAAAUAAAUACCUUAUAAUUGAUACACCAGGUCUUGGUGAUACACAAUUAGCACUAAUCAGAGUGCUGGAUAUUAUAGCUGAAGCAGUUUAUUUAGUAAAAGAUGGCAUUAGUCAGGUGCUUUUUGUUAUUGGGAAUAGAUUUGGUCAAAAUGAAAUGGAUACUUAUAAUCUACUAAGAACCAUUAUUUUUGAUGAACAUGUUACUAAUUAUACUACUAUAAUUCGUCCUUGUUUUGAGAAUUUUAAUAAAGAGGAAGAGUGCAAAGAGGAUGUUGAUCUGAUGAUAAGGAAAAAAGGUGAAUUGGCAGAGAUAAUUGAGUCUUGUCAAAGGAAUGUCAUCCAUGUUAAUAAUCCUCCGUUAAAUAUCGCUAGUGUUGAUAAUGAAAAUGAAAAUGAAAAGAAAGAAAGAAUGGAUGAUAUAAAAUCAAACAAAAGGGCAAGAAAUAAAUCAAGGGUAAAAAUUUUGGAUAAUUUGAGUAAAUGUUUUCAAAAAGUUCCUUACAAACCCCCAAAAUUAAAAAAAUUAAGUACUGAAAUUGUUGAUUACAUGGAAAAUAAGAAAGAAUUAGAAAAAAAGUUAGUAGAUUUAAAAAGUAAUAUAAUCAGAAAAAAAAAAUUAAUUAAUAAUAUUACCGAAAGUCAAGAAUUCAAAAAUAAAAGUGAUGCAAAUAAAAUUAACAUAAUUGAUGAUUUUGAGGAAAAAAUUAAGCAAUUAGAAAGCAAAAAAGAAAUUUUAAAUAAAGAAAUAAUAGUUAAAAAAGAAAUUAUUAGAAAAAAAGUAUUAGAGCAUAUACUUAACGAUAUUGAUAAAUUAGAAGAGACCUUUGCUGAGAAAAUAAAAAAAAAAGAAAAUUGA